UAUUUACGUUGUGUAUUUACCAAGCAUAAAAAUACAAAAUAUAAUUUGCACAAAAUGUCAUGAAUUUAUUAGAAAGUAUGUAAAAUCAUUAGUCAACUUUCUUCAGUAUAAACAAAUUUGGUACAAAAACACUAAAAUUUGAGAUGACUGUAAAGUGAUUGAAGACAACAAUAAAAUUAUUUCCUACACCAUGCCAGGAUUUGUAGCUGUUCAUACUGGUGCUGGUAACUGCAUAGACGAAACAUUAUACAAAAACGUUUGCAAAGAAGCCUGCGUAAAAGGUGUCAACACACUGAAAAAUGGAGGAAGUGCAAUGGAUGCCUGUGAACUGGCGAUAAUGACGUUGGAGAAUUCCUGUGCCACGAAUGCGGGUAUCGGUUCAAACCUAACAUGGGACGGACAAGUGGAAUGUGAUGCAUGCAUAAUGGAUGGUGCAACAUUGCAGUUUGGAGCUUGUACAAAUGUUUCCGAUGUUAAAAACCCAAUCAGUUUGGCACGACAUCUGUGUGACAGACAAUCUAAACUUUUGAGUUUCGGUCGAAUACCGCCAAUGGUUUUGGCAGGACGAGGUGCCUCAACUUAUGCAAAAGAGAUAGGAUUGCAGAUAGUACCAACCGAGCACAUGGUAUCAACGAAAGCAGUGAAGAGCUAUGAACACUACCGACGAAAUAUAACAAAGUACGAAGAAAUCAAUAAAAUGAAACUAUCUCCUCUUGACACUGUUGGUGCCGUUUGCGUUGAUGCCGAAGGGUCAAUAGUAGCUGGAUGUAGUUCUGGAGGCCUUUUACUUAAGGUUAGCGGUAGGAUCGGACAAGCCGCGACAUAUGGUGCCGGAUGUUGGGCUCUAACCGAUGAAACAACGUGUAUGUCAGCAGCGACAUGCACCACAGGCAACGGUGAAUAUCUUAUGAAGACUCUCUUCGCGAAAGAGCUAGUGGACGACUUGAUAACUUGUAACUGUCCAAUUACCUCGCAACAUCAAACCUAUAAACGGAAGCUUUUGGAAUCACCUUUCCUAUCCAAACAAAGUGAAAUUCACGCCGGAUCGUUGUCAAUUAUUUACAACACCAGCACUGCCGAUGGAGACUUGCUAUGGGCCCACACGACCAACUCAAUGUGCUUAGGAUUUCAAUCAACAAAACAAAAGAAGCCGAAGUUUGUAUUGUCUAAAUUACCACCAAAUCUAUCAUGCGGAGUCAAAACCGUCGUCAGCGGACAUCAUUUCAAGCUAACGUAUUAGAACUGAUUUUCACGAUUAGAACCAAGCGCAAUGUAUUUUUAAUCAUCGUUAAUACAGCCAUAACGAAAUAACUCAAAAGCACGUCAAGAGUGAUAUAUGUAAUAACUUUCCUACAUAUUAUUACAGAUAAAGAAUAAAAUAAUUUAUCCAGA